UGGCUGGAAAACUGUCAAUUUGAGUUCAGUUCCGUUCCGGUGAGCAUCGGUGGGUUCCGCGAAAAAAGAAACACAAUUUUGUGAGUGCGCUGAAACCUACAAAAGUUUAUCGAUCACGUGCAACGAUCGGCAAAGGAUUAAUCAUCAUGAAGCUACUAAUCUGUGUACUAAGUGUGUGCGCCCUAGCGGCAGGCCAGGAGAGCUUCAAGGAUUGUCUGAAUCAGGAUUCAAUCUCCUGCGUGCAGAUGAUGUUUUUCCGCAAAGCACGUGAAUUCUUCGACCAGCCACAGAUCAGCCUCGCCGGUGGACUUUCGUUCGUCAAGGCUGCCGGUCGUGAGUCACGCUCCUUCAACGCCGACAAUGCCAUCGUCGAAUCGGCCAAUAGCGUCGAAACCCGCGAAGAAGCCCUCGAAAACUACGUCGUCGAACGGACCAAGAACUUUUUCCAGGAACGCUCGCUGAAUUUGGAUAUGGCUAGCGCUGCCCGAAGCCUUUCGACCGUGAUCCCCGAUGACGUCAAGUCGUCGAUGCGCGCCCUCGUUUCCGAGGCUCGUGGCAAGAAGAAGAUCCUGAAGUCUCUGCUCCCAAUCUUGGGACUGGUCAAGCUGAAGGUCGUCGGUUUGGCUAUUCUGGCUCUGUUCGGUAUUGCUCUGAUCGCCAAGAAGGCUCUGAUCGUGUCCGUGAUCGCUCUGAUCCUGUCCAAAUUCCUGUUCCUGAAGAAACUGCUCGGAGGAAAGAAGGAGGAAACCCAUGCCUACCACGGAUCAUCCGGAGGCUGGGCUGAAUCGAGCGGAUAUGGCGAUUAUGGUUCCCACAGCCAGCCUGCUCAUUCGAUCGCCUAUGCUGGACACAAACCCGUCCGGAAGUAAGGUGCGUCGAUAUUACUUAUCUCGGAGAUUGAGGCCAUAGUCGGGAGUGAUCCGGGACGGAUCGACAUCGGUGUCUAGAAAUCCCAAGGUCGGAGGAUGCAGCUGAACGUGAACGAAGACAAAUUAAUUUAUUGAAAGUAUUUAUUGAUGCGUUUUUGGUUCGAGCGAUUAAUUUAUUGUUAGUGUUACAAGUUAUUUUUUUGUUUUACAUUCGUUGAUGAGAGAUAAGUUUUCUGUUGUGAUUUUGUUAUCUUAUUCAGGAAUUUUUCUUCUAAUUUCUUUUCUAAUUUCCUCUUCAUCAAUUGAUUCCUAUUAUACCUACCAGGCAACUUCCGGAAUCGGGGAGUUUCUCGUUUUCAGAAAGACUCCCCCGGAAGCUCCGUAAAUCUACGCUCUAACUUUACACUCACAAUCUAGUCUUUACAUUUUAUCCAUCGAGGCUGAUUAAGGUAAUUUGAUCAGUAUCAAAGCAACAACAAUAGAAAUAAUUUCCUCAACUAAUCAACUCUUCCAUUCUAUCCCCUAUACACUAUACUUUUGUUGUUCAGCUAGAAAGUCUAUCUAAUUUCUGCGGUGGAGCUCUUCCUGUAAUCAAAAGUUUUUCCGGGAACUCGAUUAAGCGUGGCUUAGCAAUAUUUUACACUUGACACUUUCCUAUUUUGAACUCCAUCUCCAUCUUUCGGAUCUAAGCCGUGCUGUGUGCCGGUUUAAUUUACGAUGGCCACUAGCACUCUUCUUCACUGUCCCAUUUCAACGUUACCUGAUUUUACAUCCCAUUAUUCAGCUCCAUUUUCUCCAACUCUCGAAUUUAAUUUCUUAUGCCUUUUCUCACUCUGCUAAUCUCUUAAUUUGUGUUCAAGUUGUUUUCUGCCGAGCGCCUAUAAAAAACCAGCAAUUUAACUGACGAUUUUCAUGUUCGAUGAACUUUGGUAUGGAUUCCCAUAAACAACUAGUAGCAUCUGAUAAUGAGAACAGAAAGAGCGGCCACUUGGCACAAAACUUGUGCAUACUCGUACACUAUCAUUAGCUCCAGUUCCUUUUUGUUUUCUAGCAACUACAUUAAGCUUUUCUAUUACUAUCGGCUCUUUACUAUUCACUCUGUCCGUUCCAUUUCUAUCUCUAUCACAAUCUGUUUCUUCAAACUACUCUUAAAAAAACACGUCGCCUUUUCCACUUUUCAUCGCCAACACCAAAACCGACUGCAGCAAAAUAAACACUGCACCGACUCUCGUAUGCAAAUGCACCAAUCACUGCUUAAACAUUUUUCACACUUUUUCUGCACAAUCUUCUAACCACUCGAGAAGGAAAAAGAAGCGAAGAAUGACUAAGCAGCCAGAGCAGUAAGCUUUAGUAGCGGAAACACAAACGUCUUAACUUAUCUAAACUGUUCAACUUCCUCCCUUACCUCUGUUGUAAAUAAAGAUAGCGAAAGUAAAAUACAGUACCAGUAAUAAAAAAAAUAAUACCAACAUUG